AACACCAAGGUCCAUUGAGGCUGCUCCCAGCCACCACCACUACUCCAUCUCCUCCUCUCUUUAUCUCUAUCUACCGCCUGGAAAAAAGAGAAAAUAGCAUGCAUAUCCAAGAAGAGCAGGCUACACCAUCCUCAGACAUAAUGCAGUGUGGUUUCUGGGCGCAGUCUACCUUGACUUCUGCGGGCCUCAAGUUGAAGGAGCCGGUGUCUCCGGCCUUGGGUUCUGUUGGGGCUGCUGCAGAGAACUCGAAAAUGGGGAGGGGAAAGGUUGAGAUCAAGCGCAUCGAGAACACGACCAACCGGCAGGUCACCUUCUGCAAGCGCCGCAACGGCCUCCUCAAGAAGGCGUAUGAGCUCUCCGUGCUCUGCGACGCCGAGAUCGCCCUCAUCGUCUUCUCAAGCCGUGGGCGCCUCUAUGAGUACUCCAACAACAGCGUGCAAGCAACUAUUGAGAGGUACAAGAAGACAAGUGACACCUCCAACGCUAGUACAGUUGCAGAGAUCACCGUCCAGCACUACAAGCAGGAAUCUGCUAAGCUGAGGCAGCUAAUCACCAACUUGCAGAACUCCAACAGGACCUUGAUAGGUGAUUCUAUCACAACCAUGAGCCACAGGGACCUUAAGCAGCUGGAGGCUAGGUUGGACAAAGGCCUGGGAAAGAUUAGAGCAAGAAAGAACGAAUUGUUGUCUUCUGAACUCGAGUAUAUGCAGAAAAGGGAAAUGGAGCUGCAGAAUGACAACUUGUACUUGAAGAGCAAGUUUGAUGAGAACGAAAGGAGGCAGCAGCCGACUGUGAACAUGAUGGAGGCGCCAUCGACGAGCGAGUGCCAGCAAGGUUUCAUUCCUUAUGAUCCAAUAAGAAGCUUCCUGCAAUUCAACAUCAUGCAGCAGCCUGAAUAUUACUCCCAGCAGGAAGACCGCAAAGUCUUCAACUUAGAUGGAAAAUGGACCCUUGGAGAUCUAAAGUUCUAGACUGUGAUGCGCCUGCAAGUGAAAGCCUCGAGACAUAGAACUGUGAAACUUUAUAUAUAACUAGUACAACUUCUUCAUGUUUAUGCAUGCACAAUUUCAUCUCAUGAAUUAUUAAGGCUUGGAAACACCUAUGUGAUGUAAUUAAUCUUUAUUCACAACUCAGAUAUUGCUUGA